AUGGCAUGCUGUGCCCAAAUUUUAAUGCUUUAUGCGUGUGCUAGAGACCUGGAAAUGCGUAACCUGCAUAUGAUGUUCAUAGACCUGGAAAAGGCUUAUGACAAAGUCCCACGGGAGGUAAUGUGGUGGGAACUCGAGCAGAAGCGGGUAUCACCUAAAUAUAUAUCCCUCAUCAAGGAUAUGUAUGAGGGAGCGGUCACAGGGGGGGAGAUCCCUUGGUGCAUGCUCUUUGCGGAUGAUAUAACACUUAUUGGGGAGUCCAAGCAAGAGGUCCAAGGUAAGCUGGAGCUGUGGCGCCAGACUCUGGAAUCAAAGGGCUUUAGACUCAGUAGAACAAAGACUGAGUAUCUGAAGUGUGCUUUUGAGGAAACCGGGAGGGAUGAUGGAGAACUACAACUAGACGGCCAGAUUGUACCAAGGAAAGAAUCCUUUCGAUAUCUGGGAUCUGUGAUCCAGAGUGAUGGGGAAAUACAUGAGGACAUUAGACACAGAUCCCAGUCAGGAUGGGCUAAAUGA